AUGUCCGACCAGACGCCCUCGCGAGCGUCGACCCGCACCCGUGUUCCGUCUUCAAAGAAGAUCCAAUCGGACGAGUACCAGAAAGAUGCCAUGAAGGACGUGGAAGAGGAAGCGGGGGAGGAAGAAGAGGAGGAGGAGGAAGAGGAGGAGGUUGUUGUUCCAGCGAAACCAGCUGGAAAAAAAGGGUCGCGGGCUGCCCGCAUUCCGGACAGUGACAGUGAGGACGACAAGGAAGAAGGGGAUGGUGAUCACGACGUCGGUGAUAAUGGCGAAGUGAAGAGAAAGGGAACGGACGGCAACGAGACCAGUGAACAGGCCAACGACAGCGGUGACGCCGUUGAGGAAGAGGACGAUGACGACGUGCCGCUGGCUUCCAAGGUGCCGCCUCCGACACAGGUGAAAAAAGGAAAAUCAACUGCUAGCGCCCGUAACGCGAGCGCCCAGGACAAAUCAGGAGAGAAGCGGGCGAAGUCUGUGAAAAGCACGAGCAACUCAAAGAACAAGCGAGCUGUUCAAGAGCAGAUCCGGGACCAUCCCGCUACGGAUGACCCGCACCGCGAUGAGAACGUCCUCGGGGCGAAUGUUGACACGGGGGGAGGGGAAGACACGGCACGCGCCAGGGCCGAGGGAGCGAACAACGAUCAGAAAGAUGAAUCCCCCGCUCGAUCUGACGACGGCGACGAACGCUACUGGUCCACCAAGGCCGCAACCGCCACGCCUCCGCCAUCGUCGCCGCCUUCCUCUCCCGUGAAGACACCCAAGAAGGUCGCGAACCGUCGUAUGAAAUCGGGCUCCGAACGCAAGAAGGCGGAAAUGCUCCUGGAUGUGGAGGCUGAGGAGGACAACGACGACAUAGAAACGGAUGAUGCAGAAGAGGGGUACGACGAGCACGUACGCCAGACGAAGGCGCGCAAGACCGGUCAACAGAUGGCUUCACAGCCGAAAGAGGAACGCCACGACAACGACGGCGACGAUGUACGCAUGGACGACAGCCUUCCCGUUCGCGCCCUUCCGACUCAUGACGUCCCCAUGUCUGAUGAGGAGGACCAGCAAGAAGAGAACAUCGUCUUCUCGCACGGUGGCAGCGCAGCCGCUAGAGAGUAUCUCGGUUCCUUCCACUUUGACGAUAGUGACCCAGCAUACGCGCGAGUUAAGAGCGACGCUAUAUUCCAAUGGUCCGGUAUCUGCAACUAUGCCUUUAGUAUCGGAGGAACCGUGGGCACGUACGCGGUCGUCGACACGGAGCCUCCCGAGAACGUCGUCAGUUAUAUCAAGCAAGACAGAGUCAUGGAACGGUCAUAUCCGGCGACCGACAUUAUGGAAAUUUUCUGUUUUGCCGUCGCUUUCUUCCAAGGAUCGGAUUUGGUCAAUCUGUCUCGCAUUUCUUGGCGGUCUAUCGACUUCGUCAAGGUGUCUGACAGGUUACUAUCCGUCGCUUUUCUUGAUAAAGAUGGUAAGGACGGCAUCGGUGCUAGUGGCGCUCGGCGAGGCGUACUGGUCACCCUUCUCGAGGCAGAGGCAUUUCGGCUCUUCGCUUGCCUCAAUCGCCUCGGGAAGAUGGGCGAGACCAACUCUUUCAAGUUUCCGCUUUACGCGGAUGGGAUGGUUGGUUUUACGACGAAGGUGGUCAGCAAGGAUGGCGCGCGGACGGGAGGAAACGGGCCGACCCUGAUCUCGGCUAAGGGAGGGUGGCAACCGAAGCGGAAGAUAGGUGUAUUCGAAUUCAACGACAAGAUCCCCGUCCUGGACGGACAAGGUCGAAAGGACCUAUGGAAAGGGGCCGAACUGGGCGUCGCCGACGUCCUUGGCCUUCCGUCAUACAACGUGGACAAGCUCGUCCCGGAGCAAAUGGUAAGCGUGCUGUAUACCAUAACGCGCUGGAAGAGAAAGACGGAAAAGGCCGCGGAAAAUCUCUCUUUCAACAUCGCCGCUCUGGUAGUCCUGUCAGGACCUAUCGACCGCGUCGCAGCGCAGGCCAGGCUCGUGGCGCCCCGCGUCCACCCCGCCACAUCUGGCGGAACCCCACGUACUGGCAAAGUAUCUGUGAAGAUCAACGACGCAUCUGCCGGUGCGACAACAUCCAAGGGACGGGGCGAAGGGAGCGGGUCCGCUAAGCGGGCAGCAGGCGGCGCGAGCGGAAGCCCGCCUAAGAAGGCGAAGAAAGACCAUACGGAGUAA